GUGAGCACUGUCCUCAACACCGUACACAGUCCUCUCUCCAUCGCCGCUCGCUGCUCUUAUUUUGACCACGCCACGACCAGCACGACGUACUUGGCUGACGUGCCUCGCCUCCUGCCAUGAAAGGCCUCAAGAAGACACUGCUUAGAAGUAAGUCCCAGGAUUCGGCUUCGUCCAAGAACAAAGACUCCAAGCCGUCCGCAAUCGCUGUCGCCAAUGCCUCCCCACCACCGCCUCCUCCGCCGAACAGCACAAAGCCGUUACCUCAGCCCACGUCGGCCGUCGCCAGCUUAAACCAUCUCAACAACACCAGUACUCAUUCCCUCUCUAACGGUUCCGUUAAUCGUUCGUCCUCUGCCACUUCCAUCCCUUCCGCGAAUGUAGAUCGGAGGUAUGUCACGCCCGACAGGGCAUCACCCGCCCCGCCCAUCGUCGUAGUCAGCCCCGACGCCUCAGCUGACCAGACCUCGAGACACUCAUUGGUCAUGGACUCUGCUGGUGGCCCUCUCACGCCAACACGCGCAAGUUUGAACCGACUGCGUCCUGCGGGACCCAAGGACACAAUCCCUAUCGUGGGCAAGCCGCCCAGGAAACAGAGGAGUAGCCGCUUCGUCGUCACGGAGAAGGUCGAGAUCGAGAGGCUGCCGCCCUUCAUGGAGACACCUCCUGCCGAGCGACCGCAGUUGUUCAUCAAAAAGCUUCACCAGUGUGCUGUCCUAUUUGAUUUCAAUGACGCAAACUCGGAGCUAAAGGGCAAACAAAUCAAGACUCAGACGCUACAUGAGAUGCUGGAGUAUAUCACUACUCAACGCGGUGUCAUCACGGAAGCCGUAUACCCAGAGGUAGUCAAGAUGUUUGCCACCAACCUUUUUCGCUCUAUACCCCCUCCUGUGAAUCCAACAGGUGACGCCUUCGACCCUGAGGAGGAUGAGCCCGUCCUUGAGCUCGCUUGGCCUCAUCUCAAGAUCGUGUACGAGUUUUUCCUGCGAUUUGUCGAGAGCCCCGACUUCAACCCCAACAUUGCAAAGCGGUACAUCGACCAGAAUUUUGUGUUGAACCUGCUCGAGCUAUUCGACUCGGAGGAUCCUCGGGAGCGCGACUUCCUGAAGACGACUCUGCAUCGUAUGUAUGGCAAGUUCCUCAAUCUCCGCGCGCCAAUUCGGCGGAGCAUCAACAACGUAUUCUUCCACUUCAUAUACGAAACCGAACGACACAACGGUAUUGCCGAGCUGCUGGAGAUCCUGGGGUCUAUCAUCAAUGGAUUUGCACUUCCACUAAAGGAGGAGCACAAGACCUUCUUGAUGCGGGUACUCAUCCCCCUGCAUAAGGUGAAGUGCCUAUCAAUGUACCAUCCACAGCUCGCAUAUUGUGUGGUGCAGUUUCUGGAGAAGGAUGCUUCACUAGCGGAGGAGGUCGUUCUUGGCCUGCUCAAGUACUGGCCGAAAGUGAACUCGCCAAAAGAGGUGAUGUUUCUCAGCGAGAUGGAGGAGGUCCUGGAUGUCAUCGAUCCGGCCGAGUUCCAGAAGAUCCAGGUGCCUCUGUUCCAACAACUCGCGCGAUGUAUCAACAGCCAGCAUUUCCAGGUCGCCGAGCGUGCAUUGAUGUACUGGAACAACGAAUACAUCGUGAACCUGAUGAGCGACAAUCUAUCGGUGAUCUUGCCCAUUGUCUUCCCUGCGCUAUAUACCAAUUCGCGAUCACACUGGAACCGAACGAUUCACGCGAUGGUGUACAACGCGCUCAAGCUCUUCAUGGAGAUCAAUCCCGAUCUCUUUGACGAAGCGAUGCAGCAGUAUAAACAGCACAAGCUUGAGGAGAGACAACACGCAGUGGAGCGAUUCGAUGAAUGGCAAAAGCUGCGUGAGAAGGCGCUCAAAAACUGCGGCGGCAAGCUUCCUCAAGGGUACGUGGAUCACCCGCCGACGCCACCGCCACCACCGGUCGAUGACCAGGACAUUAUGGACCUGUCACUUGACUUAAAUGCGGUGUCGAUUGAUGCGGAGGUGCCGAUGAGCGAGUUAGAUGAAUCCGGGAUCGAGCGGGUGCCGAUGGCAGAUCCAGGACUAGAUCGUCCCUUCCCUGAGGUGGGCGGUGGCGAGCAUUCACCAACAGGAAUGGGCGGACUGCACUCCAGACGGAAAAGUGCCCUCCCCGUUGACCCGACGGUCCUGCGUGAUCUGCAGGCGCAUAGGAGCCUGGAGGAUACAGUGCCGAGCACUGCCGGGAAUGGUGCGUAAGCCCGUGCUCAUUCGAGGACGGGCGGAGCUGCGCUUUGGCCGUCGUCGAGCAAUCCUCCAGUGGGAGAUACAUCUGAAUCUGUCCCCCUCGCCGCUAUAUCCACUUUCCUUGAUACUGUAUGUUGUUGGGUCGCGGCCUGCAACUGGUUUGAUGAAUAUUCUGCACGUAUCCUACGUCGGUUUUUACAUGUAUUGCUCGGGCGCCUACAGCCAUCAAUAUAAAGGAGCGCUAUGAUCGGUUUCCUGUG